AAGGGAAGAGUUUAUUUCUACUGCAGGGACUCCGCAGUCAGUCCAGACCCGUUACCGGAAGGGGUACUAAGACUUCUUCUGCAGGUCGAAGGCUAGAACUUAGCAGAUCCGAACAUCUAAAAAUCAGGACAUUUUCAUCUGUCCAAGGAAGUAGAGAACGGUUAUCCUCUCAUUGAAAAGACUGUAACCCCGGCUGACAGGGUUCCGUUUCUCUUUGAAAUCCUUAAUCUCCACCACUGAAACCCGCAGGAUGGCCGCGUACAAACUGGUGCUGAUCCGCCACGGCGAGAGCAACUGGAACCAGGAAAACCGCUUCUGUGGUUGGUUCGACGCAGACCUGAGCGAAACCGGAGCCGAGGAGGCGAAGAGAGGGUCACAGGCCUUGAAAGAGGCUGGCUACGAGUUUGAUAUUUGCUACACCUCUGUCCUGAAGAGGGCAAUCCGCACCCUGUGGAUUGUACUGGACGGGAUUGAUCAGAUGUGGCUGCCAGUGCACCGCACCUGGAGGCUGAACGAGCGUCACUACGGCGGGCUGACUGGCCUUAACAAGGCAGAGACCGCGGCCAAGCACGGCGAGGCACAGGUCAAGAUCUGGAGGCGUUCUUUUGACGUCCCUCCGCCCCCUAUGGACUCGGACCACGACUACUACACCACCAUCAGCAAGGAUCGUCGCUAUGGAGACCUGACAGAGGAUCAGCUGCCAUCCUGUGAAAGCUUAAAGGACACUAUUGCCCGCGCCCUGCCCUUCUGGAAUGAGGAGAUCGUCCCACAGAUCAAGGAAGGCAAGAGGGUCCUGAUCGCAGCCCACGGCAACAGCCUGAGGGGCAUCGUCAAGCACCUAGAAGGGAUGUCGGAGGAGGCCAUCAUGGAGCUGAACUUGCCGACAGGGAUCCCAAUCCUGUACGAGCUGGAUAAGAACCUGAAGCCAGUGAAGCCCAUGCAGUUUCUGGGCGACGAGGAAACCGUGCGCAAAGCCAUGGAAGCAGUGGCUGCCCAGGGCAAGGCCAAAAAGUAAAGGGCAGCCCAGAUGGCAAGAACAAGAUGAGGGUAGAAUGGGGCACUUCAUUACAGUUCUCAGGGAGGCUAGAGAUUGGGGUGGGGGUCAUUUUAGGAUUAGGUUUGGGGUCAAAUUUGGAUUUAGUCUCCCUUAAAGUCUUAAUGUUAUAGGGGGAGGGGUUAAUAAAUCAAAAUACAUACCUGGGACCAGAGUUUAAACCCCAUUCCAUACCAUUCCAUUAUACAGGCUGCUAGCUUUUACUGCACUUUGAAGAAGGGUCUGUUUAAAAAAGAAUGUCAGUGUCACUGCUAAAUAAAAAUUAUAUAUAAAUGUUUUGCACUGAAUGGAUUAAGCAGCAUCGCUACAAGGGAACAUCUCAUCUACAUGGGAAAGACCAAAGGAAAAAAGUGCAUGUACACAUUUGGAGGUGCUCAUUAAAACUACUGAGUACAUCCCAUCAUAUACUGUUCCCAUGGUUUUGCAUUACUAACUGGGUUUCAGUGGCUGUUUCCAUAGUUCCACAUUCUAGGUAAAUUUUACCUGGCAUGUCUAGUAUUUGGCCACUGUAGUUGCUCAGUGCUGCUGCUUGCACCACAAAGGGAGUGUUGUUGUGCCCCCCCCCCCCCCCCCCCCCCCCAUACUCUGAGAGCUGUAGCCACAGACCCCAUUCUCUACAUAUCCUGUAUCCUUGGUUUACUUGUAGUUUAACUUUUCACUGUAGUGUUACUGUUUGUGUGUCCAUAUUUUAGGGCCACAGAUUCAUGUGUGUAGACAGUCGAGCCGACUCUACAUGCUGAGACAUGGGGCUCCCUGUUUAAGCCCCUCUUCCACUGUAUGUGUAUGUAUAAAGCCCGUAUUCCCAGCUUUGCUAGUGGGUAUAUGAGGGCUUGGAUUGGUGUAUGGCCCUGUAUCCCAACUUCCGUACAUUAAGUGUGUAAGGGGCCUCUGUCUUAACUCUUACAGUAAGUGCUAGCUUGGAUUUGUUGCUAAUGAUUCUUAAGAGAAAGAUGGCUUCACUUGGAUUGUGGUUUAUUGUAAUGCACUGUUUUAAUAUACACUGAACCUGUUGUGCAAAUCCAAUAAAUGUGUUAUGUGCAGA